GUUAUUAUUAGACAUAAAAUAACUAAUAAUAAAUGUUAUUGACUAAAAUAGGACUAAAAUAUAUGAUUAAUGCAAGAAUAGGACUACUAUUUUUUUUAUUCCCAAAACAUGAGUGUUUUCUAUUUUAUUCUCACUUUAUCCUUUCCUCUCACGCACACACCAACCAUUUUCUCUUUCUCUCUCUCCUCUUCCUCUCUUCUCUCCCCCCUCUCUUUUCUCUUCACGCAUCAAAUUAGAUCUGCUCAGAGGUAAGUUUCGAAUUCCUCCUCCUCUUCUGCUUCUUCCUCCUCCAGCCUCCUCCUCUUCUUCUUCUUCUUCUUCUUCUGCUUCUUCUUCUUCGUCUUAUUUUUCUCAAUCUUCUUCUUCUUCAUUGUUCCACUUCUCCUCUGUUUUUUUAUUUGUCAAAUUUUUUUAUAUAUAUUUCGACAAUUUGUAUUUAGUUUGAUAUUUAUGUUUUUAUUUUUGAUUAUUUUUGAAAAUGAAAAUGACAUUAUUAUUAUUUUCCCAAAAAAUACCAUCUAUUGAAAGUUAAUUUCAGAAUAAUUUCAGUACAUUUAUAAUAUUAUUUCCGUCAAGAUGGCAAUAAUGACAAUGAUGAAUGCUAUUUUUAUGGAACUAAAGAUACAAAGCUGGCAAUAAUACUCUUAUGAAAGACAUUAAUGCCAUGUUUUGCAAAUUGAAAAUGUCAUCUUAUUUCUGUCAGGAUGUCAAUAGUAUCAUUAAGAUGGCAUUACAACUGCAAGAUGGCACUUGUAUGACAAUAUUAUCAAGUCACAAAUCAGAUCACAUAUUUGGUGGCGGAUGGGUGGCAGCAUCGCUGGAUGACGUGGAAGAUGAAGCGACCGGCGGCGACGUCGGUGGAGGCAGCCAUCAUUGACACCAGUGGAUGGAGGCGGCAACGCCGGUGGAGGCGUCCAGCGGUGACGCCGGUAGAGACGGAGAUGACGUCAGUGGAGCCAGAGGCAGCAUCGACGUCGCCAGUGGAGGCAGCGUCCCCGACGUCGCCGAUGCAGGCGGCGACGACAGUGGUGCUGGAGAUGGUUGUGGUCCUAUGGCAGAGGCUGCAUCGUAUGUUAAGACUGCUGUCAUUUUUAUCUCUAUUAUUUUAUUUGCAUUGUUAAUAAAUACUGAUUUAUUCAUUAAGGGUAGUUUUGUCUAUCUAACCCUUUUUAGUCCUACGGAACAUAACAUAACAUUACACUCCUAUUAUUGAACUUUUAAUAUUAUUUAGUCUUACUUGGAGAAUUAUCUCCUAAUAAUAAUAACUAUUCUG